AUGAUCUUAUUAACAACAUCGAGUUAUUAUUAUUUUAUUAGUAAUGCUGUUAGUGAAAAUCAUUCAAUAUCCUCAAUGGUUAUAGGUAACUUCAUGGAUGACAAGAUACACAUUUCUAUUUUAAUUGAUAGUGAACAGGGUCUUUUAUACAUGGAUAGUCUUCUGAAAUCCCUUUUUUAUUAUCAGAAACGAUUUCAUUUUGACUUUAAACAUUGUUGUAUAUCCGAUCUCUGUGAUAAAAUCAGCGAUGAUUCCUCACAUUAUAAAGAUAGAAUGUUACGUACUUAUCCAACUGUAUUUCAUAUUUUAACAAAUAAUAAGUCCAGCAGUUAUCUGAUCCAUUUUCUAAAUAUGUGGAAAUUGAAUAAUGUGGAGUAUUAUUUUUAUGAAUACAACACGUAUUUGAUGAUAGGCAUUGGGUUGGAACAAAAUCCGUAUUUUCAAGAAGUUAUGAAAAAUUUAAUCAGUGACUGGGAAGGUUACGGAUAUAAUGGUGGGAUUUUAUUGUUCGACUUGUCACAACUACGUUUGAUGAUGUGGAAUGAUAUAUGGUUGAGCAUAACUGUACACUUGUUGCAAAUUAAAGGAUACCUAAUCACAGGAGAGCAAGAUAUAAUGAAUAUGAUCGUAUUCAAAUACAAAGAUCUUCUGUAUGAAAUUCCUUGCGAAUGGAAUGUUCAAUUAAGUGCUGGGUCAGAACCUGAAAGAUGUCCGGUUAGUUGGUUAAGUCAUGUGGAAUUGCAAAAACGCAAUUAUACAAUUAAUAAACAACCGAAAAUUAUCCAUGUCAAUCAUCAUAUAAAACCGGAAGAUAAAUAUUUUCCAAAACCUGUAUCUAUCAAUAAAAUUGACCGAUCGGAUGUUAUACUUAAACCUUUAUCUAGCCCGUUACAAAUUGUAGAAUCAGUCACCAAAGAAGAACCAAAACAGCCAAAUACCACUGACUUACCUUCAAACGGUGAUAAAAAAGUAUCUGGGUGUCCAUCAAGCGUUACAAACUUAACAUCGAAAAGUGAAGAAAAUGAUGAAUUUAAAGUUUAUCAGGCAGAUCCCGAUUGCUACAACGGAGCCAAUAGAGAUAAAUACACAUGGAGCCAGACUAUCAAGGACAUUGAUAUUAAAAUAAAGAUACCAGAAAACGUGGAUGCUCGCAAUAUUUCUGUUAAUAUUGAACGCAAACAUAUUCGUGUUUCAAUUCAAAAAGAAAAGAAAGAAAUUUUUUGUUUCGAUGGGGAUUUGUGUUGGGAGAUUCACAAGAAUGAUGCUAUCUGGACCUUCCACUCCAAAGAAAAUCAAAUCCAGCUGUGUCUUGACAAGGUUCAGGAACGGUGGUGGGAAGCUGCUUUUGAUGGAGAAGACAAACUAAACACACGGAAAAUUGACUGCUCUCGGCCUAUGCACGAACUAGACGAUGAGGCGCAGGCUAAGAUCCAACAGUUAAUGUACGAUGAACAGCGCAAACGUCAAGGACUACUUACUAGCGAACAAGAAAAAAUGAAAAACAUACUCGCCAAUGCUUGGAACAAAGAGGGUUCACCUUUUCGAGGAACUCCGUAUGACCCUAGUCAAGUCAAAAUAGACGGCACAAGUAUGCACAUUCAAACCCAACCGAUGUGA